AUGGCUACCUCUAAGAAGAAGACUAGGAAGUUAAGAGGACAUGUAAGCCAUGGUCAUGGACGUAUUGGAAAGCACCGCAAGCAUCCUGGAGGUCGCGGUAACGCUGGUGGUGAACACCACCACAGAAUUAACAUGGACAAGUACCACCCUGGAUACUUUGGCAAGCUGGGUAUGAGAAAUUACCACUUAAGAAGAAACAAGGAAUUCUGCCCUGUGCUGAAUCUAGACAAACUAUGGACCCUUGUUUCUGAGCAAGCCAGGCUUAAAUAUGCCAAUGCUUCAGAUGGAAAAGUUCCAGUUAUUAAUAUUGUCAAAGCUGGUUACUACAAACUGCUUGGUAAGGGAAAGCUACCCAAACAGCCAGUCAUUGUCAAAGCCAAAUUCUUCUCCAAAACAGCUGAAAAGAAGAUUAAAGAAGUUGGUGGAGCAUGUGUACUGUCUGCA